AUGUCUUCCCGACCUGACCUGAAGGUCGACGACGAAGUCGGCUUUAUUGGCUUUUACCGCGGCCUCCCAAAACCCGACAACGAUGAAACCAUCCGCGUAUUCGACCGGGGAGACUGGUACUCCUCGCACGGCGCCGAUGCCGAGUUUAUCGCACGCACCGUCUACAAAACAACCUCCGUGCUGCGCAAUCUGGGCCGCAGCGAGACGGGGGGCCUCGCCUCCGUUACUAUGAGCGUCACAGUAUUCCGAAAUUUCCUCCGCGAAGCCCUGUUCCGACUCAACAAGCGCAUCGAGAUUUUCGCAUCGGCAGGCUCGGGCAAGAGUAACUGGAAACUGGCGAAGCAGGCCAGUCCCGGUAACCUCCAAGACGUGGAAGAGGAGCUUGGCAGCGUGGGCGCGUUGUCUAUGGACUCAUCGCCCAUCAUUCUUGCUGUGAAGAUCUCUGCUCGCGCAGCGGAGGCACGCAACGUCGGCGUUUGUUUUGCCGAUGCGAGUGUGCGUGAACUGGGCGUUAGUGAAUUCCUUGAUAAUGAUAUUUACUCCAAUUUCGAGUCGUUGGUUAUCCAGCUCGGCGUGAAGGAGUGUCUUGUGACUAUGGAUGUGGCUCGGAAGGAUGUUGAACUGGCUAAGAUUCGGGCUAUUGCUGAUAGCUGUGGGAUUGCGAUUUCUGAGCGGCCGGUUGCUGAUUUCGGCGUUAAAGAUAUCGAGCAGGAUCUUACGAGAUUGCUUAGGGAUGAGCGUUCUGCUGGGACGUUGCCUCAGACCGAGCUUAAACUGGCUAUGGGCUCGGCGUCGGCGUUGAUCAAGUAUCUUAAUGUCUUGACUGAUCCUACGAACUUUGGUCAGUAUCAGCUCUACCAGCAUGAUCUGUCACAAUAUAUGAAGCUCGAUGCCUCGGCGCUUCGGGCGCUGAACCUUAUGCCUGGUCCACGGGAUGGAGCUAAGAGUAUGAGCUUGUUCGGUUUGUUGAAUCACUGCAAGACGCCUGUGGGUAGUCGUUUGUUGGCCCAGUGGUUGAAGCAGCCUUUGAUGGAUCUGGCUGCGAUUGAGCAACGACAGCAACUGGUGGAGGCGUUUGUUGUUAACACUGAGCUUCGUCAGACUAUGCAGGAGGAGCACUUGCGUUCCAUUCCUGAUCUCUACCGAUUGGCUAAACGUUUCCAGCGAAAGCAGGCCAACUUGGAGGAUGUUGUUCGAGCAUACCAGGUUGCCAUUCGUCUGCCUGGGUUUGUCAGCGCGCUGGGCGAUGUGAUGGAUGAGCAGUAUCAGACACCUCUAGAGACGGAAUACACAUCUAAGCUCCGUGGAUUCUCAGACAGCUUGGCCAUGCUCGAGGAGAUGGUAGAGACAACGGUCGAUCUUGCUGCUCUGGAGAAUCACGAGUUCAUCAUCAAGCCCGAGUUCGAUGAUGGCCUGCGUGUCAUCAGAAAGAAGCUGGAUAAGCUCCGAUAUGAUAUGGACAUGGAACACCGCCGAGUUUCACAAGAUCUAAAUCAAGAUAUGGAAAAGAAACUCUUCAUGGAAAAUCACCGUGUGCACGGAUGGUGCUUCCGUCUCACCCGAAACGAGGCAGGCUGCAUCCGAAACAAGAGAGAGUACCAGGAGUGCUCGACACAGAAGAACGGUGUAUACUUCACCACAUCCAACAUGCAGUCACUUCGCCGGGAGCAUGACCAGCUGUCCUCAAACUAUAACAGAACCCAGACUGGUCUCGUUAACGAAGUCGUUAAUGUGGCCGCUUCAUAUUGCCCGGUGUUGGAGCAACUCGCCGGUGUCCUCGCCCACCUAGAUGUCAUUGUAAGCUUUGCCCAUGCUUCGAUGCAUGCUCCUUCAGGAUACGUUCGUCCGAAGAUGCACCCCCGAGGAACCGGAAACACCGUUUUGAAGGAAGCCCGACAUCCCUGCAUGGAGAUGCAGGACGAUAUCUCCUUCAUUACAAAUGAUGUCUCCUUGAUCCGCGAUGAAUCCUCCUUCCUCAUCAUCACCGGUCCCAACAUGGGCGGCAAAUCUACAUACAUCCGACAAAUCGGUGUGAUUGCACUGAUGGCCCAGACUGGCUGCUUUGUUCCUUGCACUGAGGCAGAGCUGACCAUUUUCGAUUGUAUCCUCGCUCGAGUCGGUGCCAGCGACUCACAGCUCAAGGGCGUUUCAACAUUCAUGGCAGAAAUGCUUGAAACCUCAAAUAUUCUCAAGUCCGCCACCUCAGAGUCCCUGAUUAUCAUCGACGAACUCGGCCGUGGAACCAGCACAUACGACGGCUUCGGCCUGGCGUGGGCUAUUUCAGAACACAUUGUCACUGAGAUCCGCUGUUUCGGUCUGUUCGCAACCCACUUCCACGAGCUUACUGCCUUGGCAGACCGGUAUCAAAAAGCCGUCAAGAACCUGCACGUCGUGGCGUUCAUCGGAGAUGGAAAUGACAGCGAAGCUAACGCUGAAGCCGAGGAAAAGAAGAAGCGCCAGGUCACUCUUCUUUACCGCGUGGAACCAGGAAUCUGUGAUCAGUCUUUCGGUAUUCAUGUCGCCGAGCUGGUGCGCUUCCCGGAUAAGGUCGUCAACAUGGCCCGUCAAAAGGCUGAGGAGCUUGAGGAUUUCACUUCAGCAACAGCCGAAGAGGGGCAAACCCAGGCCCCUGCGCCCUCGCUUGACAAGUACUCCCAAGAGGAGGUGGAGGAGGGCAGUGCACUCCUUAAGGGAAUGCUGCUGAAAUGGAAAGCGGCAACCGAGGGCAAGGAGAUGACUGCCGAGCAGAAGCGACAGGUCAUGCGUGAUCUUGCGCAGGCCGAUGAAAAAUUACAAGCAAAUAAGGUGUUCCAGGGAAUCAAGGCUCUAUAA